CCCAGUUUAACUUUCUGUAAGAAAGAGAAUGGGAAAAUCUCUUUGUUGUGAUGAACCUGGACUCAAGAAAGGACCCUGGACUCCCGAAGAGGAUCAAAAGCUUGUGCAGUACAUCCAACAACACGGUCAUGGAAGCUGGCGAGCUCUUCCCAAGCUUGCAGGUCUCAACAGAUGUGGCAAGAGCUGUAGGUUGAGAUGGACAAAUUACUUAAGACCUGAUAUAAAAAGAGGCAAUUUUUCUCAAGAGGAGGAGCAGACCAUUCUACAUCUCCAUUCUAUCCUCGGAAACAAAUGGUCAGCAAUUGCAACACAUCUAGACGGACGAACUGACAAUGAGAUCAAGAAUUUCUGGAAUACUCAUUUGAAGAAAAAACUGAUCCAGAUGGGGAUUGAUCCGAUGACCCAUCAACCCAGAACUGACCUCUUCUCCAACCUCCAGGACCUUUUGCCGCCGCAAUAUCAGCUGUUGGAUCAACAUGCUGCAACAACAUUACAUGGUGCUGCAGAGGCUGUAGCUCAGUUGGUCAAGCUUCAAUACCUGCAGCAGCAAUAUGUACUCCAAUCACAUUUGUUAAACCCGAGUGUUGGUAGUUAUGCUCCUCCUCCCAUAAAAGAAAACCUCCCAGUUUUAAAUUCAUCCCAUGUAGUACUUGAAAAUCCUAGCUCAUUUUCUCAACCACUCCACUAUGGAACCUUGGAACCCCAUCAGGACGACCCACAAGUCCGUUUCAGUACUUUUGCAGUACCUGAAAUUGAUGAGAUGGGUCAAGGCUCCAAAUUUACUCCAAUGGUCAGUAGUCUCUGCCAAGCAGAGAAGAACCCACUUGAAAUUGAUGAAUACUGUCCAUGGUUUCUUCAGUACUCUUCUAAUAUUCCUACACCUUUGGGUAGUACUUUAAUUAACAAUCCUGGAGAUGCCAGCUGCAGCACUUCUAGUAAUGGAGGAAUAAGAAGUAGUACUUCUUCUUCCUACUGGCCCGAGCUUUUUCUUGAGGAAACCAAAACCAAUUAUGAUUGAAAACUUUUGGUUAUGAUUCAUUUCAUGCAUUAGCAUAUAGAGGAAUACUAGCAACCCUUCCUUUCAACCAUUCUCUUUCUUCCUUCUCAUCGAAACUAUUCAUUCUCUAGAUUACUGAUUCUUCCACUGUUUAAUUGUUAUCAGAUAUAUGGAGGCUAGGUGUCGUCAUGAGAAUCUUACUAUUACCAAACCUGUCUAUUUGAUCAAUAAGCGUUUAUUGUUUUAAAGGGUGAUCUGCAUCAUGAGACUAUUAUAUUACAGGAUGAGAAAGAGAAAAGAGAAUGUUGAUGGGAAAGACUAUUGCAGAUUUGCCUAGGUAUAGAUACGUGUAAUGUAAUAGUACUUGUACAUUUAUACACAUACCUACCACUCAUUUUU